GGAAUAAUGAAUUUCGCAUCUUGUCUUGCUGUGUUAUCAUGGAUGCUGGCUAAUCAGGGAUCGGCACAGCUUCUUGACCAGAACUGUGCCGAAGUUUCACGUCUUUCUAAUGAUAUAAUAUUUAGUAGACCGUGGAUGGCACUGGUCUUAUUGCCCAAUAAAACCUGCAGUGGCGCCCUGAUUCACAAAUACUUUGUGAUAACAUCAGCAAGCUGUGUUUUCAAUCAAGAGAGAGCCAUCGUCCGCUUGGGGCAGUUGAGCAUUAAACAAGAGCAUAUUGUUAGUUAUAGCAGUGAUGAUUACCAUGUGCAAAGUGCCUACAUUCAUAGGUUCUAUGAGAAAAGCAAUUUCGAGCAUGACAUAGCUUUGCUGGAACUUCAGAACGAUGUGCUCUACAAGGCCCACAUACGUCCAAUUUGCCUUUGGUUAGACAAAUCUGAUAUCGACACACAAAUGUUUAAAAGAUAUGAAACAUUCCGCUGGGGCAUAGAUGAGAAGUACAUAUUGCCUGCGGCCAAGACAAGCAAAAUAAAACACAUCAGCCAAGUCAAGUGCGAAAAUGCCUUCAAAUUGUAUCCGCAGAAUUCGCAUAUCUGUGCUGGCUAUAAGAACAAAAGCAAGUGCGUGGAAACAGGAAGUCCCUUGUUUAAAAAGAUACGCUAUUACACAAAAAUUCGUUACACUCUAUUCGGAAUUCAGAGUUAUGGCGAAUCGAGGACGUGUUUAUAUACCGAUGUGACGAAAUACAUUGACUGGAUUAUGGGAGUCAUUCAAAAUGUUAAUGUGAUAGUGUCGAAUGGGGAAAAUAGCUACGCUUAAGAUUCUUUAAUAAACUGAUUCAAAAUGCAAUGAC